AUGGCGGCGGCGAGGAAGAACGCCGCCGUGCUCGCGCUCUUCGACGUCGACGACACCAUCACCGCGCCGCGCAAAGAGGUGUCGCCGGAGAUGCGCGAGUUCAUGAAGCGACUGCGCGAGAUUGUGAGCGUGGGCCUGGUGGGGGGAUCCGAUCUGGUCAAGAUCUCCGAGCAGCUCGGAAAAUCAGUCAUCACCGAUUACGACUACGUCUUCGCCGAGAACGGUCUGGUUGCGCACAGGAACGGCGAGCUUAUGGGGACGCAAAGUUUGAAAACGCACCUCGGAGAUGAACAGCUUAAGGAAAUCAUUAACUUCACUCUUCAUUACAUCGCGGACUUGGAUAUCCCAAUUAAAAGGGGUACAUUCAUAGAGUUCAGGAAUGGAAUGAUCAAUGUGUCGCCUAUAGGGAGGAACUGUACUCAAGAAGAGCGUGAUGAUUUUGAGAAGUAUGAUAAGGUACGUAACAUUCGGCCUAAAAUGGUGUCAGUGCUUCGUGAAAAGUUUGGCCACUUGAAUCUCACAUUUUCCAUUGGAGGGCAGAUUAGCUUUGAUGUAUUCCCAAAAGGCUGGGACAAAACCUACUGCUUGAGAUAUCUCGAAGAAUUCAAAGAAAUUCAUUUUUUUGGGGACAAAACCUACAAGGGUGGCAAUGAUCAUGAGAUAUUUGAAUCUAACAGAACAAUUGGUCAUACAGUUAGCAACCCCGACGACACGAUGCAGCAGUGCAGAUCUAUCUUCCUGUCGAAGUGAUUGCCAGACUAUCGUCCCAUAUACAUUCAUCUGUUUACAUUCAGAGAAACAUAUGUACUAUAGUGUGCUAGGUUCAGAUUCAGGUAGAGGAACUAGAAAUCAGGAAAAAGAACUUGUUGCCGUUCCUUGAGAUUGUGUCUUUCAUCCAAGAUUUACUCUUCUUGAUACACAUGGUGAUUUCGUUCUGGGACAAUACAUUUGAGGUAGAGCUUUCCAAGAAAAAAAUGCUUCAGUAUUUGGGAAGAGAGCAUAGGCCAACCAAUAUUUCUAUGCAUGUAAGCCUUCUCCACUUCCUAUUUUCACUUCUCAAUCCGAAUCCCAACGAUCAAUUUGUAGCUCCAAUUCCAAUCAAUUGUCCACAACGCAUGCAUGAGAUGAUCGGCUAAUGACAUGGAUUUGUCUAAGAAGUAUAAGGUGGAUAAUUGCAAGGAUUACUUAUGAAGUCAUAGACAUGUAUGCCGUAACUUUGUGAGGUGGGAGGCUGCAUGUUAAGUGAAAUUAGAUGUAGUGGAGAUCAACUAUUUAGGUAUAUAGGAUAAUAGUUACUAUACUCCUGUAAGCAAGCAGAUAUUCAAGUUCCAGCAAAAAGGAGCUAGGUUCCAGCAAAAAGGCUGGUGACGAAAUUGACCAUUUCACCUUUGUUUUAGUUUGCCAUUUACACAUGCUUAAGGUAAACUGACUUAUACCUGAUAGAAUUAGAUGAAGGGAUUUUGGAACAGUAAAACCAAAUGACCAUCAUGUGACCUUACUAUGCUGGUUCAGAUAUAGUUCCUGUAGCAAUGAUCAGUGAAUCACAG